CGUGAAACCUAAUUGAACUCAUCUUCUUUCCAGCCGCCUCCUCUUCACUGUUCUCUCGUCUUCUCUUCUUCUCUCGACUCUCAUUCAUCGAUCCCCUCUCUAUGCUCAUGAUUCACUGUUGUCAAAUCGCUUGAUUCUCCGGCUUGCUUUGCUCUCUCAUCACAAUAUCAGAUAAGGAAUUUCUCUCUUUUAUUUUCUUCCUCUAGUGCGAGAGAGACCUCGACCUUCUUCGUUUGCCGCCGUCUCUUCCUCUAGUCAUCAGCUCAACUUCGCAACCAUGAUCAUCUCAGAGAAGAACAGGAGAGAAAUCUCCAAAUACCUAUUCCAAGAGGGAGUGUGCUAUGCAAAGAAGGACUAUAACUUGGCAAAGCACCCAGAAAUCGAUGUGCCAAAUCUGCAGGUGAUUAAGCUGAUGCAGAGCUUCAAAUCCAAGGAGUAUGUGAGAGAAACUUUUGCUUGGAUGCACUACUACUGGUACCUGACCAAUGAUGGUAUUGAGUUUUUGAGGAAUUACCUCAACCUUCCAUCUGAGAUUGUCCCUGCAACUUUGAAGAAGCAGGCCAAGCCUCCUGGUCGCCCCUUGGGCCCAUCUGGUGACCGCCCACGCGGCCCACCUCGCUUUGAUGGAGGAGAACGCAGAUUUGGUGACAGGGAUGGGUACCGUUCAGGUCCUCGUGCACCAGGGGGUGAUUUUGGUGACAAGGGUGGAGCACCUGCUGACUACAGACCUUCUUUCGGGGGUAGUAGGCCUGGCUUUGGUCGUGGUGCCGGUGGAUCUGGUGGAGCUGGUGGUUUUGGUGCUGGCCCAGCAAGCUCUGAUCUCUCCUAAGGAAAUGGAUUACUUGGACACCGUUUGGUUUCCUAAGUUUGCAUUUAAGAACGGAUGACAUUCUGUACUUGGAGAGAAUAGCAGUUUUGUUUGACUUGCAAGAGUCUUGGGAUUGUAUUAGAUGUUUGUUUUUAUUCUAUAUGGUCUAUGAAUUGCACUUUGCAAAAUUUAUUUUCUGUUUUCUAUAUGUCGUUGAGAAAUUUCGUAUAUGACGUUUAAUAAUUAUUUUCCUGCGUUUUUUGACCGUCA